AAGAAAAUAUUUUAAAGUCUUGGUCUUCACUUGUUUAAAUAAAUUCAUUUAUUUUUUUACUUGGCUUCUUAUAACUUUCAGAAAGACAAUUUUGAAGAAAAUAUACAACCUUAAAAAUGAUUUUAGGAUUUUUAAACACAUAUACCUUUUUACCUUUUAAAUUCCUUCCUCUUCUUUCCUGACAAUUUAAAUGAAUGUUCAAGUACAUUUAUUUUUUUUAUUGUAAAGAAAAAAUAAAUUUUAAUUUAAUUCUUCAUUUUAGCUUCUGUUUUUUCGACGAAGAAUAUUUGUGAAAUAUUUAUUCAAACUUAUUAUGAUUAAAACAAAAAAAAAAUAUUCUGGCAAAUCUAGAAAAUCUGUAGAAUCAAAUUUAAAGUCUUUUGAAUUUCUUUUACAAUUUCUGUUCUGGAAAAUCUAGAAGAAAUAAUGAUGUGUCUUUGUUAGGAAUAUAGCUUGGUUCAAUUUGUUAUAUAUUCUAACAAAGUGCAGAUUGGAUUUUAACCUACUUAAAACAUGGCAUCAAAAAUAUAUAUUUAUUGUGAGAAAUCAUUAAGAUGAUCAGUGUUCCACAAAGAUAAAUAUCAUUAAUUAUUAAUAGUAACAUAGAGUUAAAGGUAAAUUGAGCAAAUUGUCUAUUUCUGGCAAUUUAUUUAAGUGUGUAUCAAACUGGUAGCCCUUUGCAUUAAUCAGUACCCAAGAAGUAGCUCUUGGUUUCAAAAAGGUUGGUGACCCCUGAUUUAGAAGCACAGUGUGACUACCGGACCGGCACCACCCUUGUGGCAUAGUUUCACACAGGAAAAGGCCACUAAAAGCCUGCCACCACACUGUACGUAUCAGCCAAAUAGUGCUGGAGGCGGUCAAGUGGAAAAGGUAGUCUGGCUGAAGGAGGUAAGAGGCUUGAGGGGUGGUUUAACACCCCCACCUUCAACUUCCCAGCUAGGAAGCAGGCCCACUACCUUAAAUAUUCAACACUUCACCCAAAUUCUCCAUACUUGUCCACCAGUGUUAGCGCUGAGGUUGUGGUGGUCACGGGUGCCCAUCCCCCUGACCCAAGGAGAGCCAGUCGGGGACAUGGAGCUCACUGCUUCUGCUACGUUGCGGGUGCUAUGCUUUCCUCAAUUGGGCACGCUCCCAAAAAGCCCUUUGAGAUGAAGGGAGAGCGAGAGAGCGAGAGAGAGAAAGUCAUGAAGGGGAAGACUGAAUGUUGGAAGGGGGAGGGGCAUCAUCCUCUCUUAGGUAUACGUUAGUAGUCAAGUUGUCUUCAUUUGGGUUGCACAUGUCACUUAGCACACGUUGCCGUCAUGGAAGGUGCAUGGCAGGGAUUUGAGAACACUCUCUGAACCAAUUUCUUACAUUGAAACUUUUUGGAACGUUUUCAGUGGAUUAUUUGUCUCUAUUAUAUUUAAGUGGAGGACUGGAGGAGGCUUUUUGAACAGAUUCCACACUCAUCCGCAGCUUGUGGCCCUCCGGGGGAUCUCCCCGUAUUGUUUCCCUUCCGCUGUACGAGGGAUCAAAGGGAUCCGCUGCAGCUCCAUAAGAAUCUGGAGAGGAACCGUAGACGGCGCAUGGAGCGCCAUAUUUGAGGGAGCAGCGGAUCGCUGUUGGAAUCGACAAGACUGUUUUUGAUCAAAUAUUCACUUGCCAGGCAUUUCAUUAGCACCUUUGGGAAAUGGAGGUCAUGGCGUCUUGUUGGAGAGGGCAGGAGGAGCAAGCUGCUAAGCUGAAGGCAGAGAAGAUCCGAGUGGCCCUGGAGAAAAUUAAAGAAGCUCAGGUCAAAAAGCUGGUGAUCAGGGUGCACAUGUCAGACGAGAGCUCCAAGACCAUGAUGGUGGACGAGAGGCAGACGGUCAGGCAGGUCCUUGACAGCCUGCUGGACAAGUCUCACUGUGGUUACAGUCCUGACUGGUCUCUGGUGGAAAACAUUAACGAGCUUCAAAUGGAGCGUAUUUUCGAGGAUCACGAGAACUUGGUGGAGAAUCUGUUGAAUUGGACGCGGGACAGUCACAACAAGCUGAUGUUCAUUGAGCGCAUCGAAAAAUACGCUCUCUUCAAGAACCCUCAGAACUAUUUGCUGGGGCGCAAAGAGACUUCUGAAAUGGCAGACCGAAACAAAGAGGCUUUACUAGAAGAGUGCUUUUGCGGAGGCUCUGUAUCUGUGCCAGAGAUCGAAGGGGUGCUGUGGCUAAAGGAAGAUGGGAAGAAGUCAUGGAAGAAGCGCUACUUCCUCCUCAGGGCUUCUGGAAUCUAUUAUGUACCAAAAGGCAAAGCAAAGGCAUCGAGAGAUCUUGUAUGCUUCCUACAGCUGGACCAUGUUAAUGUGUACUAUGGUCAAGACUAUCGCAGCAAAUAUAAAGCUCCCACUGACUACUGCCUGGCUUUGAAGCAUCCACAGAUCCAGAAGAAGUCGCAGUAUAUUAAGUAUCUGUGCUGUGAUGAUGUCAGGACUUUGCACCAGUGGAUAAACGGAAUUCGAAUUGCAAAGUAUGGGAAGCAGCUCUAUGGGAACUACCAGGAGGCCAUGAAAAGAACCGAGGCAGCCUACGAUUGGUCCUCUCUGUCCACCUCGAGUAUCCGAUCAGGCUCCAGUUCUGCAAGCAUACCCGAAUCCCAGUCCAAUCAUUCAGGCCAUUCAGACAGUGGUGUGGACACAGGAUCUUCUCAUGGUCGUUCCCAGAGUGUGGUGAGCUCCAUUUUCUCAGAGGCUUGGAAGAGAGGCACUCAAAUCGAGGAGAACACCAAGAUGCGAAUGGAGGCGUCCAGAGGGGCCACUUUGCCCCAUGCUACCCACAGCCACCGCCAUCACAGCCAGCAUUCGGUUGACCACCCGGCUUUGACACCUCCUCCUCAAUCUCAUCCCCACCAACAGCAGCAACCACAGGGUGUGGAGCAGCACAUUCCCCCGCCGCUGCCUCAACAGGCCCAGCAGCCUCUGCCACAGUCGCCUCAGCGCUCACAGCAACCUCCUCCUCAACAACAACAGCAGCAUCUUCACGCCAUGAGCAACUACAACCAUAUGCACCCUCAACAGCCACCAAACCUUGGCAGCAACUACAGCCACUUGCCGCCAGCAGCACUGUCACCUCAACAGCAGCAGGCGCACUCAAACUACACCCAGGUACCUUCCCAACAGGCGCCACACCCUGGGAGCAACUACAGCCUCAUACCACCACCCUCCCUCCAACAGCAGCAGGCGCACUCAAACUACACCCAGGUAUCCUCCCAACAGGCGCCACACCCUGGGAGCAACUACAGCCACACCCCACCACCACCACCCUCCCUCCAACAGCAGCAGGCGCACUCAAACUACACCCAGGUACCCUCCCAACAGGCGCCACACCCUGGGAGCAACUACAGCCACACACCACCACCACCGUCCCUCCAACAGCAGCAGGUGCACUCAAACUACACCCAGGUACCCUCCCAACAGGCGCCAUACCCUGGGAGCAACUACAGCCACAUUCCACCACCACCACCCUCCCUCCAACAGCAGCAGAUGUACUCAAACUACACCCAGGCGCCGACACACACAGUCAGCGCCUACAACCAACAGCUGCCACAAAGUGUGAGUAACGACAGCCCCAUCCCUCCCCCGCAGCAACAGCCCGCCCCUGCACCCCCCCCUCCUCCUCCUCCGCCGCCACCCCCGCCGCCACUGCCACCUCCAGUCCAAAACGUGUCACACCACUCUCCAGCUCCCACCAUGUACAAGUUCAGCACCAUCAACAGGCUGCAGAACCAGCAAUCAUCUCUGGCUGCCAAUCACCGCAGGAUGCCCACUCACCUCCACCCCCAGAAACUUUCUGCAUCUCCGAUGGUGCCCACCGCACAGGUGCCAACCAAACCAAACGUCAACCACAUUGCGGCAAGGACAAAUGUCCCGCCGCCACCCCCUCCGCCACCGCCCCUUUGUAUGCCAACUCCUGGUUCAGCCAUGGCAGUGUUGAAGCUCGGCCCUCCAAAUCCGGGCGCCCUCGCUGCCUUUAUCCCGCCAACCAAAGAGGGGGCAUUUCCACCCCCUCCCCCGCCACCCCCGGCUGCCCCCGGUCCAGUCAGCCAGUCCACCUACAACAUUGGGCUGAAGCGUGCACUGAAGGAUAGGUUUCCUAGCCCACCACGGGAUCUUUUGUCUGCAAAUGGAGAUCUUGAAGAGUCACCGACUCCCACCCCUACACCACCGCCGCCGCCACCUCCACCACCUCCCCCUCCACCUCCCCAACAGACCUCCGUGCCAGUCCAGUUCCCACCUCCUCCACCAGCAGCCCCACCCAAAUCCUUCACACCAGGGUUUGUUCCCAAACCGUUGUCACCUGUCUCACCUUUCCCACCUGCUCCACCUCCUGCCUCCAUGGGUGGGCUUCCACCACCGCCACCACCACCCCCUCCUCCACCUGGCCCCCUUAAAAAACAGUUCAGUCUCCAGACCGGCUACACCUCCAGCCAACCUCCACCAACGCUGCCCAAGCAGCACAGCCUGUCUAAGCCCCCAGGUGUUUGCACAGGUACGCCCCCUGUAACGUCAUUGGUCAAACAGCUCAGCAGUCAGUUUCCGGGGGCUUUAACCCAGGUAGCCCCUCCUCUGUCCCCGCCUGCAGUCAAGUCCAAACCAAAAUGGCAGCCUGGUGGUGGUCAGCAGCUACAGUCUCCAGAGUUCCCGCCCCCUCCGGACAGCGCCCAAGUCCACAGUGGUGGUUUUCCUGCCCCACCACCUCCACCCCCAGCCUCAUGCCCAGCACCCCCGGCGCCACCCCCUCCACCCGGGAACAUGGACCCUUCUGGCAACUGCAGUCUGGUGGGUAAAAAACCUCCUCCCGCCCCCCAAAGAAACUCUAGCAUCAAGUCCAACGCCUAUGAGGAAUCUAGAAGAAACCUGCUCAGUAAAUUUGCCCCCCAGAGUAACACGCCUCCAUCCUCCCCGUCUCCCACUGCUGCAUCCACUGGCUCUCCAUCAAAGGAUCCCUCAGGGGGUCCCCCCGCACCCCCAAAACCCGGCAAGCUCAACCUGUCUAACCUUCCCAUGGCUCUUCAAGCCAAAGUGAGCCAGGCUAAACAAUCUGGUGGCGACUUCCCCUCCCCGCCUCUGGAUUGCGCCUACUUCCCUCCGCCACCGCCAGCAUCUGAGCUGUUCCCGCCUCCACCUGCUCCUGGUAGCGAUUCCCAUAAUGGUGGCCCUCCCAGAGUGGCUGUGGUCAACCCCCAGCCCCAAGCUCCCCCUCCUCUUCCGCCAGUCUCUUUUAUCAAUAACUCUUCAUGGGGUAAGAACUCGCUUAAAAAGACUCCUCCCCCAACGCUGGUGCGCCGAAGCAACACCACGCCAGAGCCCCAACCCCUCUCACCACCACCCCAAGUCCCUCCGCCCACCUCACCAAAGGGCAGCUCAGGACAGCCCAACUUUCUAGAGGACCUGAACCGGACCCUUAAGCGAAAAUCCGUGGGUCGGCAAGGCAAAAUGGACCCUGCUGGGACGAUGGAUGACAUGGCGCUGCCUCCGCCCCCGCCUGAGCUGCUCCCUGACCAGGGCAACCAGAGCAACGGAGGAAGUGGCGGCUACAUGUCUGGCAACAUCUCAGGCUAUGCAACGCUGCGACGAGGACCCCCACCUGCGCCACCAAAACGGGGGGACGGCACCAAGCUUACUGGAGAGUGUUGAAAAACAUGUGAGAAUAUUCCCCUCCUUGUUUUGGAUCAUAACAACCAAGUCUGUAAAUAUGAAAAGAUGGAGGUUCACAUUUCUCAAAUGCUUGGCUUUCUACACCUGCAAACUUUUAUUAAUAUUUACUCAUUCUUUGUAGCGCAGCUUUUUCAGUCUAAACUCUUAAAGGGGUCCUAUCUUACAUUUGCAACUUCUCAGACUGAGCUUUCAAAGGUUGUUCUGCGUGAUGUGGAAGUGUCGAAUAAUGAAGUCGGGGUGUUUUGAACUAAUCCCUGCUUUCAUUUUUAGGCCACUCCUAAAUAUUGGGUUUGACAACCUGCCCGCGACCGUUGUGCGGUACCUUUUUUUUCUUUCUUAAAAAUGACAGCCAGAAAUAGUUUUUUCAUAUUUACAGUUUGCUGGUGUCCAUUAGCACGUACAGUGUGAGGGAAAUGGACCAAUCGCAACAGAGCAGGCGUGGUCCGGGAAGAAGCUGCGGAAUCCGAGCAUGUCCUGCCAAGAGGAGAAGAGUGCAGAUUUACCCGGUUCACAACUAACUAGUGAUUGGCACACUCACUUGCUUUAUUGGUGCUGCACUGACACGGUUGGUGCUUCUUAAUGGCGCCAUCUGCUGGAUUAAACAAGUCACCACAUUUCACCUGAAAUUUUAAUUAUAGCAUAUAUAUAAUUUUUUUAAUAUCCCACAUACAGAAAGGUAUGUGAAGCCGACAGAAGCGCUACCCGAUAAACACAGUUUAGUAUGUUGUAGUCACAUGACACAGCAGCUGUACUGGUCAAGUCCAUCCAUCCAUCCAUCCAUCCAUUGUCUACCGCUUGUCCCUUUUGGCCACCUCAUCGCAGGGCCAACACAGAUAGACAGACAACAUUCACACUCACAUUCACACACUAGGGACCAUUUAGUGUUGCCAAUCAACCUAUCCCCAGGUGCAUGUCUUUGGAGGUGGGAGGGGCCUAUCCCCAGGUGCAUGUCCUUGAAGGUGGGAGGAAGCCGGAGGGAACCAACACAGUCACAGGGAGAACAUGCAAACUCCACACAGAAAGAUCCCAAGCCCAGGAUUGAACCCAGGACUACUCAGGACCUCCGUGUUGUGAGGCAGAUGCACUAACCCCUCUACCACCGUGCUGCCCCCACGUCAUAAUGUGACACACCGCGAGACACAGUCUUCGUGUUUCAUAAUACUGUAUCGUUUGACCCAUCUCUACCAUUUUCUGAAAAUACUAGAGUGAGCCGCUGGGAUCCAGUAUCUCUGUGAGCACGAUAGGACCCCUUUAAGGAUAAAUCCCAUCUGGUGCACCAAGCAUUUCAACGCAAAUCAAAAUGUGAUAAAUUCCGAACUAAGUAUCCAAGCUUGGACUGGAAAGAGGAAAAAGACUUUGUUGAGGCUGUAGACGGGAGUGCAUGUGUUGUGUGAUUGCUGAGCAUGUGCAUACAUGCAGUAUGCUAGCGAGGUGCAGGUAUUGUUUGCUUUGUGUGAAAUUAUUUAAAUGCUGAAUUGAAGUGCUUGGUCAACGGUGGUUAUGGAAUGUAUAUUGGAGGUUAACAUGAGUUGUUCACACCAACAAAAGGUCAAAACAGACUUUCAAACAUGCGGUGUCUUAAACACUUGUAGAUGGUCUCAUGACAAAAGCAAAGGAGGAGGCCUUAUUCUUUAAGUCUUGCACAACGCCGACGAAGGAAGGAGUGUUUUUUUCUCCCGGCUCAGCAGCCUGGAUGGAAAUUGCUCUUUACUAUUUUUAAUCUAAUGCAAAACUUGCCAUGGACUUAUCUUAAAAUGUGUGUUGUGGAGUGUUUUUUUUAUAUACAUUUGUAGAGUUGCUGUAGCUGCUGUUUUUUCCAUCGCCCUCUGCCAAGUCACAUGACCACAACCCAGGAAGGAGCCGCAAAGCGACGUGUCAAUCCGCUUAAUGUACAGCGCAUCAAGUAUGUAGAGAACAACAAAUGUGACAGACUUAGGACUUGAAUGUUGCACUCAUAUUAGUGUCUGUUUCUUGUCUCAUGGCCUUCAUUUUGCAAGGUGCUCGUGCUGUUCUUACAUUUCUACAUGUAUCAGGAUGGCGUUUAUAUUUACACUAUUGAAAAAUGAAACGGAUUAGAAGGAUUGUAUUUUAUUGGUCUUUGAUCUGAGUUGCAUACAGUUGAUUUGCUUUUCUUUUUUUUAUACCCAACUCAUUUGUGGAAUAUCAUUUCUUUAAAAAAAACAAAAAAACAAGUGUCACAGUCUUGAACAGGAUGUUUGCUACAGUUCUGUGUGUAAGUUAUUGAUGUGCUCAUGUGGGACCUAAAUAGUUGCAGACUGAAUACAUGUCAUUGCAUAGAAAUCCAAAUUCACAAUAUAAAUGUUCAACCCAU